GUCUUGCCUCCCCUUGUCUCCCAGUGUCUCCCCACAUGUGAGUUUGUGUUGGAUGCUUGCCUCUCAUGGUCUCCGCACAGGUGUGCCUGUGUUGGAUGGUGUGUCCGUCUUCCCGAGGCGAGCCUGUGUUGGAUGGUGCGUCCACAUUCCCGAGCUCUUGUCUCGCCUGGUCUCCCAGCUUGUCUCCCAUGUCUCCACACAUGCGUGCCUGUGGCGGAUGCGCCCGCCUUUCCGAGGUGAUCAAGAUCUCUUUCCUGGUGUGCCUGGCUCGUGGCUGGAGCCCAACAGCAAUGGUGUGGACCUUUCUGGAACAGACCGCAGUGUAGAUGUUGCAUUUUCUUUCCAACCAACAGUUACGGAGUCUGUGCACCAUGCAAUCUUCACCAGAGCCUUGUUGACAAAUUGUGAAGUGACUAACAUUGGUCUGCCCUGGGAGACGGGCUUUUACAAGGAAUUUUUCAGCGAUGAACCUUUCCCGCAGUCGUUGGUCCCUGCAGUUCAGAUUGAUGAGUUCUGCAAUUUUGGGAACCAGCCUGAACCCCAAUCGGUUGCUGAAGCUGUCGCUGGAGUUGCAUCCUGCUCAGCAAAAGGAUCCCUGGACCGAGACCUUUGCGAUCUGAGGUCGGGUCAGGAAUUUGUGAAAACAGCAGUGCUAGCAGGGCACCCCAUCAGCAGAGAAACCAAGCUUCCAGCUGCUCUUGACGUUGCUGUUGACUUUCUCAACAACAACCCUAUGCAUGUUGUUGCGAGACACCGGCUUUCUGAGUUAGAGCAUUGGCUGGAGCGUGCAAAAGCGUUAGUUGAGGAUGAGGCCACCUUGCACAAAUCGCUUGAUCCGGCCUUGAGAGGCGGCAUUCGAUGCUUGGGCAAGCAUGACCAACUCCCUUGUGGUGCUCGAGAAGCUCCACUUUCCAGAUCUCCCACCGGAGACAGGGACGUCGCUGGCACUCCCGCCGCGGCACUGGGGGCCCUGUUGGACCCACGAUUCCGUGAACAUCGUGGAAAAUUUGGCCCCGCCUUGCAGGCACUCAAUGAAUUUCUGGAUUGGUUCCGUCUUCACUACGACACGGACUUGCACAGCGAUACAUACAGUAUGUUGCAAGACACCAUGCUCCUGCUGCAGUCCUGUCAAGCGCUGAUUGAGCUUGCCAGGGACGAUCCCAAUGAAGCGCCAGUGCCUGCUACGCUCGCUGCUGGACCUGCCCGCCGUGAAGCUGCAGCUCCGUCUCCUGACCCGAGAGCCAACCAACAGCUGACAGCUGCGAGGGAUGCGUUGCCAAGCUUUGUGCAGUUGAAGGAGUUCUUCUUCUUGCAGGCUUGUGAGCAGGAUGUUGCCAAAGCUUUUCUUGCGAAUGGUACUGACGAGGAGAACUUAGGUUUCAACGCUUGGACAUCUGCUGUGCAAGAGAAGUGCCGCGUUUUCAAUGCCAUCAUCACCUCCGCCUCGAGCUAUGAUGAUCUCUUGCGAGAUGCUGGCAACGCUGCAACGGAUGCUUCCUCCAAGCUGUGCAACACAUACCCAGCCACUGAUCUCUUGCUGCAGCAGCUCAGCAAGUUUUGCGAGAAAGGGGGCAUCUUUCUGUUGCUGCAGCAGCUGAAAGCAGCAGGGGUGGCGGACCCAGGCGUGGUCAAGCUUACGGAGAGCAGCGCCUUUGUGAUCAACCUUGUGCGUUGGCUAACCCCGCACUUUAGGGCCAACUUCCUGACCCAGCUGAUGGAACUCAUGGGCAAGACCGCCGCCAAUGAGAACACUUCAUCUAUGUGGGUGGAGCAGCUUCCGAGGUUUGUGGCCGGGAGCAAGCCAGAGGAACAACGUUAG